AAACUAGCACGCUUAGCAGAGAGACGUAAAGUAGAGCAUGCGAGAAAGCAAGAAGAAAUACGCCAGAGAGAUCAGGAUAACAGCGAAGCUGGUACAGCUAUAGAACAAACGCGUAAAUUGAUACAAGAACGUAAAAGUGAAUUGCUUCAGUUAGAAACCGAGCUGUAUGAUCAGUACAGAAAGAUACCACCACUUGAAGUAGAAGAAGGCGAUGACGACGAGACUAUUAAAGCAAAACGCUUCGAUAGAAUAAAACUGCUGGAAGAUCUGGAACAGUCAGCAUUAUACAGUGAUAGUUCCGAUGAAUCGGAUUACGAGGAGGAAGAUAGCGAUGCUGAAGAAAAUUUCAUAGAAACUGAACUCAGAUUUGAAGGAGAAUUGCUAGACAACAUAGAACAAUACAAGAAACUCAUUCCGAGGCUAGAUGCUGACCUGGACCAAGCUAGAGCUGAACUGCGUAGAGAAAAACAAUUACGAGAGGAAUCUAGUGAUAUGGCUGCUGGCGUGAAAGCCCGUGCUGAUGAAGUCAUAAGCAAAGCAGGCGGUUUAUCACCUGCAAAGCUCCUCAGAGAUAUGGCAGAUAAUCUAAUGAAUAUAGAAAAUGACAAUAAAGAUCUAAGAAAGGAGAUAAACAGGAUACUUGAAGGUUACUAUGAUGAUAUGGAUGAGGAUGACCAUAAUGAGGCUGUCGAGGACAUAAGAAGAUACUUCAAACCAGAGAAAAAUGCAGACCAGACUGAGGCGGAACGUCGUCAUCAGUUUCAUUCAUUGAUAAAUGUAGGUGGUAACGAACUUAAAAAUGCAGCAUUAGAAACACCAGCAGAUCCAUAUAUACUCGCCACAAGCCAUACCAGAAGUAUAGCCUUAAUGCUGUUGAGAUCAGGUAUAGCAAGCGAGCAUCCUAAUGAUGCCCGGAAAUUACGCUUGACAGAGUUCCACAAAUCAUUUGAAGAAUCAUCAUCAGAAAGUGACAGUGAAGACGAAAAUGAGAGUGAUGGAAAUAAUAAUGAAGAACGUUCUAGCUUGACAAACGGGUCAGCUAAUAGAAGUAGUUCAACAUAAAGUUAUAUUAAAUACCCCAAUUUUGCUUGUAAAUUAAUGAAACGCAUAAUCGAACCCCUUAAAAGUUUUCCUGGGUUAGUC